AAUCAACCCAACCCAAUCCAAGUGAAUACCCAAUGCGAUUUGUGUGAAUAAUUUCAUUCAGACCAACGCAUUACAGAUUCUCGAUCUUCUUCUCUUUGUCCCUUUCUUGCUUCCACCCAAAAACUACAAAAUUCAUUCUUUGCAUUCACUUCACUUUCGAUCGAUCUAUCUCUCUCUGUUCCUUCCAAUUCAUUCAUCGCCAAAACCCCUUCAUUUGAUAUCACUGUUGGAAUUGGCUUAGAUUCACAGGAAACUUUUCAGCACCUCCUCUUGUCGUCUCGCGUUCAAGGAAAUGGAGUUACCAACUAUGAGAAAACCCUUCAUCUGCUGGGUUUUCCUUUCGUUCGUUGUAUUUGCUCAAGUUAGCAAUGGUUUUUAUUUGCCGGGAACCUACAUGCAUACUUAUUCCAAUGGAGAAUCUAUAAAUGCCAAAGUCAAUUCGUUGACUUCUAUUGAGACUGAGCUUCCCUUCUCUUACUACAGCCUCCCUUACUGCCAACCCCCUGGUGGGAUAAAGAAAAGUGCUGAGAAUCUUGGAGAACUACUUAUGGGAGAUCAGAUUGAUAACUCAGCCUACCGAUUUCGAAUGAAUGUAAAUGAGACUCUAUACCUCUGUACAACAUCACCAUUGAAUGAGCACGAGGUAAAGCUACUCAAACAACGAACUCGUGAUCUGUAUCAAGUGAAUAUGAUCCUCGACAACUUGCCAGUUAUGAGGUAUACUAGCCAAAAUGGGGUCAAAAUCCAGUGGACAGGGUUCCCUGUUGGGUACACUCCAUCUGAUGGCAGUGCAGAUUACAUCAUUAACCACCUAAGAUUCACUGUAUUUGUUCAUGAAUAUGAAGGCAGAGGGGUUGAAAUUAUUGGAACCGGGGAGGAAGGUAUGGGCAUUAUUUCUGAAGCUGACAAGAAGAAGGCAUCAGGGUAUGAAAUAGUUGGUUUUCAUGUUGUUCCUUGUAGUAUUAAAUAUGACCCUGAAGCCAUGAAAAAGCACAAAAUGUAUGAUGGUCUCUCUUCUGUAAGCUGCCCAAAUGAGCUUGAUAAGUAUCAGGUAAUAAAAGAGCAAGAAAGGAUAUCAUUCACAUAUGAGGUUGAAUUUGUGAAAAGUGAUAUAAGAUGGCCAUCACGUUGGGAUGCUUAUUUGAAGAUGGAGGGUUCCCGAGUUCAUUGGUUCUCGAUCCUAAACUCACUGAUGGUUAUUGUUUUCCUAGCUGGUAUUGUGUUUGUCAUUUUCUUAAGAACUGUAAGAAGGGAUUUGACAAGGUAUGAGGAAUUGGACAAAGAGGCACAAGCUCAGAUGAACGAGGAGCUUUCUGGGUGGAAACUUGUUGUUGGUGAUGUAUUUAGGGAGCCUGAUUGCUCUACACUUCUCUGUGUAAUGGUUGGAGACGGGGUUCAGAUUCUUGGAAUGGCAGGUGUUACUAUUGUUUUUGCAGCACUUGGUUUCAUGUCUCCAGCAUCCCGAGGAAUGCUACUAACAGGAAUGAUCAUUUUAUAUCUUAUCCUUGGAAUUGCUGCUGGCUAUGUCAGCGUACGUCUUUGGAGGAUCAUUAAGGGAACAACAGAAGGGUGGAGAUCAAUUUCUUGGUCUGCUGCAUGUUUUUUUCCUGGCAUUGCUUUCAUUAUCCUCACAGUACUCAAUUUCAUUCUAUGGCACAGCAACAGUACCGGUGCUAUACCCAUUUCCUUGUAUUUUGAGCUGUUCUUCCUCUGGUUCUGUAUUUCAGUACCUCUGACCCUCAUUGGAGGAUUUAUGGGGACAAAAGGAGAGUCGAUCGAAUAUCCUGUAAGGACCAAUCAGAUUCCAAGGGAAAUUCCUGCACGAAAAUAUCCAUCAUGGCUACUUGUUCUUGGUGCUGGAACUCUUCCAUUUGGAACCCUCUUCAUUGAACUUUUCUUUAUCCUUUCCAGUAUCUGGCUUGGGAGGUUCUAUUACGUGUUUGGUUUCCUGUUGGUUGUUCUUCUGUUGCUGAUUGUUGUUUGUGCUGAGGUGUCGGUGGUCCUCACAUAUAUGCAUCUGUGUGUGGAAGAUUGGCGAUGGUGGUGGAAGGCAUUCUAUGCUUCAGGUUCUGUUGCUCUUUAUGUCUUCUUGUACUCAAUUAACUACUUGGUUUUCGACCUGCAGAGUUUGAGCGGACCUGUGUCAGCUACCCUAUACCUCGGCUAUUCACUACUCAUGGCAAUUGCAAUCAUGUUGUCAACUGGCACCAUUGGCUUCCUAAUGUCAUUCUACUUUGUGCACUACUUGUUCUCAUCAGUGAAGAUCGAUUAAGGUUCUCAGCUGUUAUCUCUCAGUACCCGUGUAAAAGAUCAAUUGAUAUAUCUUCUAUUGAGUUCUUUUUGUAGCUUGAUUGCAUCGUAGAAUAUAGCGAGGCAACUGAUGCUUCAUUGAUUUCCUUAAAUUGUCAUCAAUGGAUUUUAUACUGCUAUGUGAUCUGCAGUUUGUUCGUUCCUCUUCUACCUGCCUCCGAAAGUAGUCAUUCAAGUACUCGACUAGUGUUUGAGCUCAUUAUAUUUCAAGUACUCUAGUUUAAAUUAAAUUUCUUUAGGAAGUUGUAAUUGCUUGGUCUGUCUUACGUCUUGUUUCAAUAUAAUAGAAAAAUGUUAGAUGGAUACUCAAAUUUCGUUGUGAUGUUCAUCAUGUUUGUGGGUGUUUAAUCGAUCUUCUGUGCUUUCAAGAAUAGGGAAGAAAACUUUGUGUUAUGUAUCUAUUAUCUACAAGCCACAAUUUUGGCUUGGUAUUGUACUAAUGUUUUUUUUAUAGCCA